GCCACAGCCCACAAAACACACCCGCGGACUCUGCGGGAACAGGGGAACCAUGUUGCGGGCGGCGGCGGCAAGGUGCGCCGGCGGCGCCAUCCGGCGGCUGUCGGUGGCUUCGUACCCAGCAGCGGCAGGCGUGCGGAGGAAGCCUCCCCUGGACGAGGGGGACUGGUCCUACUACAAGGAGUGGUGGGGCGAGGACGACGGCCCCGGCGACGGAGCUCACACCGUCUUCCGCCGCCACUCCGAGCAUGGCAAUGGCGUCGUCUCCGUCGUUGCCUACCCAGCCUCCAUACCGGCCAGCGAUCAGUGGCCAGUGAUGGAGAGAUGGCUUCAAGAAAGAAAUUUGGCAAUAUACCCAGAAUCAAGUGGUGCUGACCAAUUUAAGAUACUAGGCUACCAAUGGCGAGUAAUGCGCUUUAACGACCAUACACGGCAAAGUACUGCAAAAGUAAUGGCGUGUUACCGGUCUGGGGGUGAUAGAGCAUUAUACUCAAUGCAGCAACCCAAUUGUUUAGCUGUUCCUUAUGUCAAGAGCAUGGUAUCAGCAGGGUUGACAGCACUCCCUAGUUGUUCUUAUGAUCUCCCUCAAGCAGUUUCUGAGCCGAACACUAUGAAAAUUCUUUGCAUCGGUCAUGGUGGCGGCAGCAUACCAUUGUUUUUGGCUAGUAAAUUCAGAGGUGCUGAUGUCCACAUUGUGGAGAUCGAUCCAGUUGUCGUCUCAGCCUCGGUCGAAUCCAUGGGCUUCCCGGCAUCAUGUGCGAAAGGGUUAUCAGCCCACACCAUGCAACCCGCCGACGGCGACGAGCUGCUAUGGAACGGCGUCCACGACCGCAUCUCCCUCCACGUAGAGGACGCGGAAGACUUCAUCGCCGGCGACAGCAAUGUCUACGACCUGGUCUUCAUCGACGCGUACGACGGGAACGACAUAUUCCCCCGCAAGCUCUGGGACGCCGACGGGGCGUUCCUGAGGAACCUGGAGGAGAAGGUCCACCCGGUCCACGGCACCGUGGUGGUGAACCUGCACUCCGACUCGGGGCCGUCGUCCCCCGACGUCGACGACGAGGCCCCCUUCGAGAACGUGCUCCCCAUGGGCAGGUACGUCUCCCACGUCUGCCGGGCCUACAAGCGGCACUUCGGGCUGGCCUUCACGGUGGCCUCCCCCUGGCUCUGCAACAUCACGCUGGUCGCCUGCCGCGACAAGGCGAUACUGAAGGGCGUGCCGGUAGGGCGUAGCCAUAGGGAUUUUGUUCUCAGCAAGCUUCUGUCGAGGUCGAGCAUGGUCGAGCAGGCGCUGGACCUGCCGUUCCCCUGUCUGCAGUAUGUCAAGAAUGGCUUCACGCUGGUUGAAUAAUGUGUGUGUUCGUUUGGUUUUGGACGGAAGGCGUGAGAAUAAUCUGAUGUUUUAUGCACAACCCUCUCUUGUUGUGCUCACCAUUUGCUCUCCCACAUUGCUGGGUGUUCCUGAAUCCUGAGCUUCGUGCGGGGUUUUUAUUGUGACCUGCCGGUGAGCAGUGCACAUCAAGUUGAUGAAUGUGUUGUGUGCUGCUUCUCUUUUCGAGAUUCAUCUUCAGUUUUAGCUGUCGAAACUGAAAUAUGUUCCCGAACAGUAGCCCUAAGCAACACGGUCGGGCGGUCCAGGUUACACGGCGUGUGAUUUGACUUGUGAGGAGGUUUGGCCACAAAGUCUGGGGCGGGCACGUGAGAUUCAUCAAACCGGACGCCGAUGGCUUAGUUUCAGCCAGGCAGGUGGAUGCGUGCCCACGAGGUUCCUGCGCUUGCAAAUUGACCCGCGAUCAUCUCCAAGCAAAGCCCGGUUGACAAAUGGCUUAGUCUAGUAUCCUCUUGCCGUGAAAGGGUGAACUGGAACUUUCAGU